AUGCAAGAUGCAUGUAAUAAACAAAAUGCCCAUGAAUAUGCGCAGCACGAUCUACAAAUUCAACGAAGAACAUCAUCCCGUCUGUUAACAUCAGUCCGCAAUGAUGGUUCCAUUUCAUCCGCAUCGUCGUCUUCGAGGUCUUCACCAACCAGCAGCAGCCCUAUGGUCACAAAUUCGAUCGGGAAUAGUGCAAAACAAACCUUUCUGCCACCAUCGAGCAACAACAGCAUUAUUUGUCGCUUGCCACUGAAUCGCUUGGAAUCGAUAAUGGGAAUGUUGAACAUCAUGAAGCAUUGCCCAAACAAGACAACUCCCACAUUACGAUCAAAUUCAACGUUUGCUCUGUUAUGCUUGUACUGCGAUCGAACAUUUAGCAGUCAAAAAUUAAUGAUCAAGCACACCGAUCGUAUACACCGAAUAGCCAAGGAACGCCGUAGCAGUGCUCGCGUCCUGUCUGUCGCAGCAAACGGCACAGAGAUUACGUCGUGUUGUUCCUUUUGCAACAAAGGGAAGAUACUAAAUCUUCCUCCGGACGAUCUACCACAAUUGUUCAAACACCUGUUUACCGAGCAUGGUGAUCGAUACUACGCCUGCGAACGUUGCACAUUGCGCUUUCCCAACAAAGCAGCUAUGGAAAGUCAUAUGGAAACGCUGCAUUCGGUCACCAGCGCUGGGCGCCCGAAAUCAAAAGCCGCCCUAAAAGCCUUCAGUCAUGGGAGUAACAAUGGUGUUGAUCAGAAAAAAGAGCCAACACCUGAAGCCACGAAUCCGCUAACAGUGCAAGUUGAUUUUGGUGAAGAAACGGAGCGUAGUGGUGACUCUAGUAGGAACAAUUCAAAGACCGAAUCUGUGCUGCAAAAUAUUCGCUUACGAUCUUCGUUGCGCAGUGGAUCGGCACAUGAAGCAGAAGUCAUUGGUGAGGUAGAAAAUCAAUCUAAAACGAAAGCAUUCAAAAAAUCUGAAAGAUUGUUACGACGUAAUGCUGAGCCUAUGCUCUUGUCUCGCUUGGGAAUUGCCCAAAACCGAUUACCACGUCAAAGUCGACGGUUAUUAGCUGCUGCUUCGUCGUCUGCAAACUCAGCAGCUACAUCUUCCGAUACACCUUCUACUCCUUCCGCGACGUCUGCUACGGCAUUGCUGUCUGGAAAAUUUGGUGCUAAGAAAAGGACACCUAGUGUGAACAAUACGGAUGAUGUGCAGCCACUCAACAAUUGUUACAACAAAAUAUCGAAGCUGAAAACGAUACGUUCAACGUUAAAUAAUCUUCCAAUGGCAGCCAAUGCUUUUAACGAUUCAAUUGAUUUGAGCAGUGCGUCUGUCAGGGGUUCUGGACUGCCAAUGAAUGGCGAUGUAACUGCUGUUACAACUGCAUCCAUCAUUGAUAGUUCUGCAGUUCACAAUGAUAUGUUGAACAAUCGCAGCUCAAAUAGUAACUGUCAAAGCAUCAACAGCAAUGUUGGUUGUAGUAAUACCAGUAAUUUAAAUAUUAAUGGGUGUGGUGGUACUAAUAUUAACCAGAUUAAUAGUGCUGGAGUUUUCGACGAUGAUUUCUACGAUAAUGUGACUGGAAAUGUAAAGAAAAAUCUUAGCUGCCACUUGGAUGGAAAGCUGGAAGCUUCUACGCCUAAUGCUCCCAGUCCGAUGAGUCCAGUUGCAGUUAUUCCUGCGGUACGGUCAACUGUGGUGAAAAGUCCUGUAACGACAGACAGCAAAAUACAUGAAGCAACCAAUUUGCCUGCCGUAUCAGUUAUGUUUCCUACGCUGUUAACGGUAGAGCAGUACGGUACAGAUACGUCGGCUGCGGCAACCGGAGCAACCAUAUUGCCCGCUUCUUCAACAUCGCUUACAACAGCAAAAGUUAAGAAACCCAUCACGAAGAACUCUUGGAAGUGGAAGUGGGAUUUCGUGAAGAAGUACAAAUAUGUGAACGAAAAUGGUAGAAUCGUGAAAAAAAUUAAACAACCUACACUUGGUUUGCGAGAUAUCUCGAAAUUGGACAUGUGGACCCAGUUGACCAUGCGCACCAAGCACGAACUAUUCCAGAAUUCACGAUCGGUGGUUCAAUAUCAGUUGCAAUAUUCCCGUGCAAUGGUAGAGCAGUUGGAUCAGAUAUUAGAUGCAAGAUUAAUGCCGCAGAUCGACAUGGAACAAAACGAACAGCGUAUUAUAAAGAUAGAACCAUUGGAAGAACAAUCGUCGGAAGAUGCACCUAGUCAAAUUAGGGCAUGCAAUGAAGUAAACACGAUACUAAGCUUGCCGGGAAGUUGCAGUACAUCAUCCAUGGCACUAUGCUCGACUUAUGACUCCUCGUUAGCCAAAACCAUGGGUCCAGAGUUUCUGCUUGGUCUCCAUCUGAUCAAAUCUAAGCGUCAGUGUAAGAAAGCAGCAGUUGUUCUGAGUGGGGAGUGGGCACGUCCAAGAUGCUACAUAUGCUAUGGUUGCGGCGCAAAAUUUAACUCGUUAAAGCAAGUAGAAGAGCAUCGAAUUUUCCGUCAUCCUCAUGUUCACUCUACAUUUUAUGAAAUAGUAGGCCGCGAGCUCAUCGAGAAAAAGUUAUACAAAAAGUUUUUCAUUCCAUUCAUGGCGUUGGCGGUGCAUCGUUCUCACUACCUAAAAUUGGCUGAUGCAGAGAGAUUUAAACCCGUUGGAUUCGUGCAUGCGAACAACUGCACUAUUAAAACCGCUACCGAGAUCAAAAAUGAAGAUUCUUCAUCGAAUGAAGAUACCUCCUUUUCUACGUCGACUAGUGCUUCAUCAUUCUCUUCUCGGUAUUCCUCGAACAGUAUUGUUACACCGCUGAUAGAAAAUAGUCCAGAUUCCGUUAAUGCACUUACUCGAUGUUUGGUUUCUGUGGUCGAAGAUGAAGAAGGUGAUGAUAAUCUUCGUCCAGUGAUGUGCAGCAAAUGUCAAAAAGAAUGUCAGAACUUGGUUGUGUUGUACGCACACAUAUUGCAUUGUUCCAACGACUACGUAUGGUUGCAAGCAAAAAAACGCAUGAAAUAUCGGCGGGCCAAACGAAGAAGGGGUGGAAAUAGAAACGGUGGAGGCUGUGGCAAUGCGCUUCUUUCUGUGACCAAGAAAUCACAACGUCAGCAAAAUGCGGUUGAAAAAUUGGAAACAGCAUCAACUACUUCCUCGUCAUCUUCAAGAGCAGAUGAUUGCACUGUCAGUUCUGUUCAAGUGACACCAAAUCAGUCAACUAAGAAUCAAUGCAUGAGGAAACCACCUGCUGCUCCAAAGAAGUGUGAUCCCUUAUCUAUCGUGACACAAGAAGAUGCAUUUAAUGCUACGCCUUUUAAAGCACUAUCGCCAGCAUUGUCAUCAAAUAGCACAACUCCAUGUAAUGGGACGAUCGUUUCAAAUUAUAGUGGGAAUGGGAUAGGAAGCAAACGGAAGCCCAAAAAAUUGAAUGACUGCAUCGCGAUGCUUACUGGAAAGCUCUCAGAGCGAUUAGGUGUGGACUUCUUCAAUAUUGAAUCGGAUCAGAAAGCUAAGUCUCACGAUGAUAUGUCAGAGAGUUCUACUAAUUUACCUGUAGAAGCAGAAUCAUCAACUGCAAACAGCGUAGUUUCGUCAGAAAUUGUGCCACCUUCAAACGAGCAGCCUCAACUUAUGUCCAAAUGUCCUUCUCCUACAUCUUCUCCGUUGAGUUCAAUUGCACCAAUGGUCAACUUUGAAACUCCUUCCUCCACUUCACAUUCAAGAAUCAACUCGAUUCCCGUAUCAACUUGGUCUCAGGAACAUUGGGCAGAGCCAAAGCCACUGUCCAAUGCUCAAUCGACUCCGUUACAGUUGCAGUCCAAUGAAAUACCUACAGAGAAUGUUGAAACAAAAGAAUGCGGUACGGAAAAAAAGCUGGAAGCGUUAGUAUCAUCUAAUUUGCAAGUGCCACCAUCAAUAGUCGACAAACCCUUACCCGAGGCAAAAUUAUUUGAUGUGUGCUCAUUGCCAAGGAAAUCAUUUUCUUUUUCGAAUGACGAAGAUGAGUCUCCAAAGGAUAUCAAUAAAUUGGUGGAAAAUAUUAUAAAUGAAGCGGACAAUACCUCAAACUCAUCUACCGACUAUUCGGACGAUGAUAACAUGUCUCUAGCGUGUUUUGCGGCUCGUAAAGAUGGGACAAAAAACCACGUUACACAAUCGUCGGCAGUCUUGUUCACAAAACCUACAUUGGGAACGGAAGUGUACAAUUCGUCUCGCGCUAUGUCGGUGAUAGCAGACGAUGAAAGUACUACCAAUACUGAUGCUCUAGACGACGAUUCAAUGAGUGUUACUACUGAAAUUCCUGUAUCGACAACUACUAUCGAAGGCAAUCGUUUCAAACGAAAGCGCCGUAGGACGAUGCGCCACAGUAGUAAACCGAAGCGGCAGAAAGCUAAACCACAAGAUAAUGAAAUGAAAGCACUGCAAACCUUCAAUUGCGAACUUUGCCGAAAAGUAUUUAAAAAGCAAGAUACGUACAACAAGCAUCGCAUGACACUCUCGCAUAUUGCGAAACUGUCGGAGCAAGAAUAUCUGAUUUUGCAACAAAAGCAACAAGAGCAGAAAUCAUUGCCUAUGGUCGACGGAAUGUUGCAAAAAAGUGAUAAGCAAACCGUAAACAAAGAAUCGAGCGACCAAAGGAAAGAGAAAACUCCAGAAAAUGAAAUGAGCCCUUCUCACGCGCAACAGAUGGUUACAUCUGCAGCUAAAGUAGCAUUUUCGGGUGUGGAUAAAAGUAAUGAACAAAGCGCACAGUCUAUAAAAGAACUCAGCCAAGAAGAGAAAUUGUUCUAUGAGUGUUGUUCAAUGCUCAAGGAAUCACAUUCAAAUGAAAGUGAUAGGAAUCAUUUAAGCGUUUCACUGAAAUCAAAUGAAACAUUAAAUGCCGCAAUUUUGUCUGCCCCGCGAUUAGUUGUACCUGAAGAUGAUGAGGAUUUGUUGAAUGCCGUGCCAUCUUCUUGUGUGAAGUCUGCAGAAUAUACUGAGAAAAGUUCAGUAGCAGAAAACGAAAAAUUGGAUAGAGACAAACACAUAGAAGCACCAAAAUUUGAAGCAUGUCAGGAGCUGACGGAAGAGAGUGACAAUUACCUGGCUAAUCGAUACGGUCCAUCUAACGUUGGAGAAAAUAUGGCACCUCAAACUGCGAUUAAGUCGUCCUCUGCCAGUAUCAGUUGUAUCAGUAAUGUGAGUAUUAAUAAUGCGAAAAUCAAAACAAAAGGUGCGCUUAAAGGCUAUGACAAUUUCAAGAUAUCAAUUCCAAUGACGGGGCUAACGGUUAUGUCUGCUAGUACUACAAGCAUAGGUGUUACUAGUGGCAAAGAAUCUCGAUUAGAUACUCUUGCUGAUGUAGCGCUAUGUGGUGAUAUCCCAAAAGAGUUUGGCAUUGCGGAACAGUGCAAUGAGAGUAAUAUUUCCGCCGUGACAAGAAUCGAGUUCACUAAUUCAUCUCCGGAAGAGGCGGAUAGUUUUCCAGUGCAUCGAGCAGAGUUGAUCAAAGACGAUAAAACAUUCGUUUCCUCAACAACUGUGAUGCGAUGCAAUGGAAAAAGCGGUAAACAUGAAUUAAAAAAUAAUCUUACUGCGCCCAAGAUUUUCGGAGAUGAUGCGAGUUCUGUCUCGCCUGGAACGAAAAAAAACAUUGACAGCGGUGCUCAAGUAGUUAUAAAAUCGCCACAAAAAAAACCAUGGACUAAAACAUCGUAUCGAAGAAAAAUGGAGAAAAAUGGUCACCACCAAUCAUCUGCCGCCACAGCACGCAGUAUUGCAUCUGCACCAAGUAAUCUGCCAUGUCUCGAAGAAGGAGAUGAUGUGUACGCUUUCCAAGAUUCGCCAAAUGAUGGUGUUCUACCAACGACUUAUUGUUCGAAGAAAAACACGUCUAAUACUCAGAAUGCAAUACGAGGCGACGAAAUUGUACCGCAAAUAACUAAACACAAAUCCUCCUCUAUACACCUGUCUACUUUAGAAGAGCCUGAAGAUAGUCAGAUGUCAAGUUUAAGUUUCUCCGAUCGAGAUGACUUUAUCUACGGUACAAACACUAUGAGCGAAGAGGAGGAAGAAGAGGAAGAUAAAAAUAGUAGUAAUAGUAGCGAACAGGUUACACCAAAAAAGCUGAAUAAUACGGAUGUUCAGAAGAAAAGUCUGAUUAUGGGACGUAUAUUUAAGAAAGGCGGUACAAAAGAUAAACAAUCAAAUGACGCUGAAAUUCGAAAGGUGGUAGCAGCUAUUCCUGAAGUCGCAAAUGUAGUCCAGACAACCAUAUCGGGCACAACAACUACAUCAUCGAAAUCGACAACAACCAAUAAACCUGCUGUGAAAGACUUUGAUAAGCUGUUUGAUACGCUCAAAAAUGCUGCAGCGUCCACUAAUGAACUACAGAAUAGCAAUGAUUCUGAAGUGUUGUUGAAAACAUUGGCUGGAUCAAAUAAACGACGCUGUGGUUCUUCUGAAGAAGGUGCUGUUGUGACCAUAGAUAGCGGAAUCGAGAGCAAAUUGCUAGAGUAUCGCGAUCAAUUCACACAACAUCAACAUCUUUUUGAUCUAAAUGAUGCAGAGAAAUCGUUUAUCGGUGUCGGGCGACUGCGACGACGAACAAAUGUCUGCCCAAAAAAAAUGACAGAAACAUGGGAUUCGGACGAAUACGAAGACUUUCAAGCCGAUGGAAUUAUAAAGUUGAUCAACGAAACAGAAAAUGUUGAGGGUGCGAAUGAUGCUAUCAAGACAAAUUCCACUACACCUAAGGUAUCAAAAGAAUCAGCAAACAAAGAUCUAUUGGAAAAAAUCCAAGAGCAUAACGUAAUCGACCAAUCAUCAUCCUACGGUACGAACGAUAACAUGAACGAACAUCACAACAUUGCAGAAAAUAUGGAAAAGUUUGUCGGACUGAAAAAGACUACACUUUCUGCUGUCGAGAGGAAACCACCAAAAAUGGAAGUUGUUACGGACGAUACUAUUCGAAAGGUAAUGGAAAGUGUUAUAUUGGAGACAAUGGGUAAAGGCAGCAACAAUCAUAAGCGUAAAACAUCAAUACAUGCAGUAUCAAGUGCGAUUACCACAACAGCACUAAAUUGCAAAUCGAUAAGACAAUCAUCCAGUAACUGUAACAACGUGAACAACCGAUUGUUAUCGACAAUGACUGAGGAUGUAUCACAUGCUUUAGAGGUAACAUCGUUGGAGGAACAUGUGUUGGAGUCCAGCGUCGUUAUAUCCUCAAAAACGAUAACAAGCAAAUUUAAGCAAAAAUUGAGCUCAUCCAUGCGCUAUGAUACGGAGAAAACCCAUAAUGAAGACGAUGGUAAAACAAAGCCUAAAGACAAGGCUUCUUCGCUCUCCUCCAUUGAACCACAGUUAAAUAUCAGUUCUCAUACUCUCAUGAAUAAUAACAACGACAACAACACUAACAACAACAAUAACAAUAGUGACAAUAGGAACAAACUAAUAGCUAAAGCUUCAAAAGCUAGUAAUUUCACUAAACAUAAAUUGAAAUUGAAAGGAGAAGAAGAGGACAACGCUGGAAAAAUGUCAUCAACAGCUCUUAGCAAACACCGCAAACCAGCUCCAAAGAAGAUGAAAAAUGUUGCCUAUGAUCCGGAUAGCGACUAUGAACAGAGCAUUAAAUGCAAAAAGGUAAAACGAAAACUUCUAGAACAUGACAUUGAAGCUAACUUGAAAAUAGAGCAGCUUCAAUCCACGUUACUCAACGCUGAUGAUGGUAGUAUGUUGCUAACAACAUCUCGUCGGAAGCGCAAUGCAGGUGAAAUGCUAUAUUACUGGUCUUCGACUAGUGAUGAGGAAUUUGAACGAGAAGAUCAUUCGUCAGUUGCUGCUGCUGCAUGUUCAAAAUAUCUAAGCACUAGUGCACAGAUAGGAAAAAAACGUGGGCGUAAAAAGAAGCAGUCCAACAAUGCAGAAUUGCAUGAUGCACCUAAUGUCCGUAACAAUAACGAUGUUAUCAAUUUUGAGGAAGUACAACAAGCUAGUCCCCAAGAUUCAUCAGCAUUUCCUCCAAGUUUAGGAGCACAAUCGCCGAAAGAUUCAGGUCUCCUGACAGUAGAAAAAAAAGGUAAAGUAAACCAGGCAACAAUAAGAAAAAAAUCUAGCAUUACACGCAGUAAAAAGCAACUACAUCAGACCGAAGACGGAAAAUCAGUAACCAUAAAUGUGCCAGCAACAGUAACCGAAGAUUCAAGCAGUACCAACAAUGAACAUUUGCAACAACAUGGUUGGAUAAUGGGCGAUUCGCAUAAAAAGCUUGUAACUUUGUUGGCUCAUGCCAAAGGCAAACAGGAUAGUCGAAAAACGAUGAGCAACCGUCGAAAGUAAAAACAGAUUGUAAAGAUUGUAAAAACGAGAGACACACAAGAUUUCCAAUCCAAAUCGUUGUAUAAUUUUCCCUGGGCAUCUUUAGUUACAUUAGUAGUGUACAAAUUGCAAAUGAAUAUAAAAUAAUAGAAAGAUGAGCUAAAGAAUCGAAGAAUAAAACUUGGUUGAU